UCCAAGGCUACAGUCAAUCAUUUUGAACUUUUGUUUGCUGUAUGUGCUGAUUAGGAAGGCAUUCCUUUCAUCCCUUUGAAAACAUAAUCUCUUGAAGAAGGGGUCAGUUUUAUAUAAGGGAAGCCGGCUGAAGGACCCAGGAACAAUUCCUGUGGGAACUGUCUCUGAGUGACAGUUCAGGAAAGGGAAAAUGACUCAAUUCAUAAAUCCUGCUGUGGGAACUUUUACAGCAUGGGACUAUGUCGUUUUUGCAUCACUGUUUGUAAUUUCCUCUGGGAUAGGAGUCUUUUUUGCCAUUAAAGAAAGGAAGAAUGCUACCUCCCGUGAGUUUCUGGUUGGAGGGAGGCAGAUGGUCUGUGCUCCAGUUGCCUUGUCUCUCACUGCCAGUUUCAUGUCUGCAGUGACUGUCUUAGGAGGUCCCUCAGAGGUUUAUCGGUAUGGGGCUUCUUUCAUCCUCUUCUGCAUUGCCUUCAUGUUUGUUGUCAUCUUCACGGCAGAGCUCUUUGUACCCGUUUUCUACAGAUCAGGAAUUGCCAGUACAUACGAGUAUUUGGAAUUGAGAUUCAAUAGGGUGGUUCGUGUUGCUGCUACCAUUAUAUACAUCCUGCAAACUAUUCUUUAUACGGGUGUUGUGGUGUAUGCACCAGCUCUGGCACUGAAUCAAGUGACUGGUUUUAAUCUAUGGGGCUCAGUGUUUGCAACAGGAAUUGUUUGCACCUUCUACUGCACCCUGGGUGGCUUGAAGGCAGUGGUGUGGACAGAUGUCUUCCAGAUGGUUGUGAUGGUGUUGGGAUUUUUAACAGUUCUUAUCCAAGGAACCAUCAAGUUAGGAGGAAGCAGCAACAUGUGGAAGAUAGCCAGGGAUGGCCAAAGGCUCAGUGUUUUUGAUUUCACGGUAGAUCCUUUGAGGCGUCACACUUUCUGGACACUGGCAGUCGGGGGUACGUUUACCUGGUUAGGAAUCUACGGAGUGAACCAAUCCACCAUCCAAAGGUGCAUUUCAUGCAGAUCGGAAAAACAUGCUAAAAUGGCACUGUACCUGAAUUUGCUUGGACUCUGGGUCAUCAUUGUCUGUGCGGUAUUCUCUGGACUGGUGAUGUAUAGCUACUAUGUAACCUGUGAUCCAUGGACUGCCGGAUUCAUUUCAGCUUCAGACCAGCUGAUGCCUUAUUUUGUUAUGGAAAUAUUGGGACACUUACCAGGACUUCCUGGGCUUUUUGUAGCCUGUGCAUUUAGUGGCACACUUAGCACAGUAGCUGCCAGUAUUAACGCACUGGCAACUGUAACAUACGAAGACUUUGUGAAACAGUGCUUCCUCAAUGUGUCAGAAAAGACAAGUACCUGGAUCAGUAAGGGCUUGUGCAUAGUGUACGGUGUAGUUUGCACUUCAAUGGCAGUUGCAGCAUCACUAAUGGGGGGAAUCAUUCAGGCAGCACUCAGUAUUCAUGGGAUGUGUGGGGGACCAAUGCUUGGGUUAUUUACCUUGGGCAUUUUAUUUCCUUGUGCAAACUGGAUUGGUGCGAUCGGAGGCUUGGCUGCUGGAGUAACCUUAUCAUUCUGGCCUGCAAUUGGUGGCUUUAUGUAUCCUGCACCAUCAUCAAAGACACUACCUUUAUAUUUAAGUACCAAUGGUUGCUUGCCACUGAACAUGUCAGAGCUUUUUUCAACUUCAUUGCCAACUAUAAUCCCUAAAGAGAUGUACAGGCCUCCACUGGCAGACAGCUGGUAUUCUGUAUCCUACCUCUACUAUAGUCCUUUGGGGUUCCUCGGGUCAUUGAUAACUGGUCUUCUGUUAAGCUUUCUAUCAGGACACACACACAAGGAAAAUGUGAAGCCUUUGUUAAUCAGACCAGUAUGCAAUCUGUCAAAACAGUUCUCAAAGGAGUGUUGUUUUGGACAAGAAGGAGACAAGGAAACCCUAGAGGCUAACAAUGAAAAUAAAUUGUCAGAUAAUUGUUUGACAAUGAAAAUAAGCGAGGCGAUGAACGUUCCAUCGGAGCAUAUCCCAGAACAACACCUUCAUUGUAAUUUUGGUGUGAUUAAAGAUACCUAUCUUUAGUUUCACAAGAUAAUUGAGAUGGAUGUUUAAGAACUGUGUGAAUUCAAAAUUCAUGUCAGUGAACUGUUACUGAAGGAAGUGGGGAAAGAAUUAUUUCGACAGAUAUUGGUUAAAAAUCACGUUUGGUAAUUCCACCAUAGUUAAUAAGUCAGAUGGAAAAACAACUUUCUCAUUUUGCAACUCAUUUUGAAGUUUAUCAUUUCAAAACUAGAUCACAAUAACAAUGGGAUUGAGUGGCUUUGGAGUACUGACUCUGUUAGGAACAGCAAUUUCUGAAUAACUGGAAUAUUGCUGUACAUUCCAAUUUUCAUCAAUGGGGUAAUCAGCCUUUGUUUUAUAGAAUUUGAUGGAUCUAUUCAAGUUAGCUGCUUGUUGCAUUGAAACAUUCAGUUGGAUUAUCCAAUUCCCUUACUUCAUCCAACCCUGUCACAAUGUAGGGAAUAACUUCCUCUUCCUUCUCCUCUUCCUCCUUGUCUCUGCUCCUUCUUCCACCUCUUCCUCUCUCAUCCCUCAUUCAAUCGUAAUCAACUUCACAGACUAGGGACCACAUCAUUGUAUUUUUCCUUCUCUCUGAACUGACUUUCAAACACAGCUUGGCCAGGAUAGAUGCUCUAAUUACGGUAAUGUGACUGGAUUAGUAUUCAAGCCAAACUAAUUCUCUAAGGCAGUGCUCAAAUCUCACUCCAGGAGCUGGUAGGAUUUAAGAUGUAUUAAUAGGUAAUGUACUAUCUCAGUGGGCAGCAUGGUGGCUCAAGCCGCCAGGGACCCGGGUUCAAUUCCCGCCUCGG